CAUGCUAGCCACUACCGACUGUGCAUAUAUGUGGUACGUCCUCGUCCCCCUUGCUUAAUUCAAACCAUCGACACGUUAGGCAUGCCUGCCUUGCUACAUUCCCUUGCGCGUUCAGAUCCCGUCAGCGUGGGGUUUAAGUUCAAUUAAACGGCUUGUUUGGGGCUCGUUUGUGUAUUCCGAUCAUUCUGUACCAAUCAUGAAAAGUUGUGGAAGCUAAUAUUGGUUAGCUAGCUAACGUAUAGUGCUCGUUUCGGCACAGGAAAGGCCCGUCUUGAGUUUGUUGUCGCUCCCCUCCCCCAUUCGUCUUCGCAAGGGCCCCAAGAUGAAUGGGCAAGGAUCACUUCAAAGCAUUUGGGCUGGGUAGCAGUGAGGGGGGUGAUCCGUACCACUUGGACCGCACGAUUCAGUUACGCGGAUUUUUUUCACUCCGGCUAGAGCUACUUCUUGCUCUUCAGUGUCCCAAAAUGAAGGAGGAAGAAGCGCGGCAGCGUGGAGAUGGAUAUUGUGAAACAUAUCAGCUAUCAGAAUCCAUGUUAUGAUCAGCCUGUGAAGUUCCGUCGGCGUAAAAACAGUGGCUAGCAAGGAUGAAUUCCCAGGCUGCCAGAUUCUGAUCCUCCCCAACGCCUUGUCGCACACUCAAGUCGACAGGCCGACGGAUCUACACAGCGACCUCAUCGUCCACAAUGAGCGUCCGGAUCCGCAGUCGCCAUGCCGACCUGGGAGGAGGGAGCACCACACGCUUCAAUGAGGACGCCCCUCGGCCGCCCGUGCCGGGCAUGGAAGGGGACACCACAACCACCACCACCACCACUACGGCAACCACUAACGUCCCCUCUCCAUCCCCACUGUCCAAAUACAACCGCUCCAUGUACAGUCCCCACAGCUUCUACCCCACCAAAACCAAUGGCAACAGCGUCACCGGCGUCUCCAACGGAGACUCCUUUCGAGGCGGUGGCGGAGGAGGAGGGCUCUCCGACGGUUCGUUGUCGGUCUCGGUGGCUGCCACGCCGCGGCGCUCGGACCUGGACCUGGGCUACGAGCCGGAGGGCAGCGCGUCGCCCACGCCGCCGUACCUGCGCUGGGCCGAGUCCCUGCACUCGCUGCUGGACGACGAGGACGGAAUUCAGCUGUUCCGGGCCUUCCUGUGCCAGGAGGACUGCGGCGACCUGCUCGACUUCUGGUUCGCCUGCAGUGGCUUCCGGAAACUUCCAGGUGGUACCGCAGUUGGGGGCUCGUUGUCGGGAUCCGGUACUGGGUCCACCUCCUCAGCAGCUGGCUCUUCUGUAUCUGGUACCACUGGUAGCAGCAGCAGUACAGACAGCGGCGUCCGGAGUAGUAGCAGUGAUGGUGGUAGUGGGAAGCGGCUCAAGCUGGCCAAGGCCAUCUACAGGAAGUACAUCGCGGACGGCAGCGGGAGCGUGACGGCGCGUCAGAUCAAGCCGGCCACGCGCUCCUUCAUCCGCGACUGCGUCUCACGGCAGCAGCUGGACGCCUCGCUCUUCGAGCAGGCCCAGACAGAGGUCCAGGGAUGGAUGGAGGAGAACACCUACCCGCUGUUCCUCAAGUCUGACGUCUACCUCAAGCAUGCGCGCGAGCACGGGAGCUGGGGCGUUGGUGGGAGCGGGAGCGACAGUGGAGGAGGCAAUGACGGGCCCGUGCACGGCAGUGCCGACUGCAACAGCAGCAACCCUUUAUUAAACUGUGGUAGCAGUGGUGGAGGUGUUGAGGACCGUACAAGCGAGGUGAUUUCUGGCGGGAAAGGAGUGACUAGUGUUGCCGCUGGAUUAAUGGCACAGUUGACCUCAUCGAACGCUUUGUCAUCGUCUAUGAUGACGGGGACAACGGGUGGUGUUCCGGCUGUUCCCCCUCUGUUGCCGGGUUACCUGCCCACGCUCAUGGAGGACAAGGAGUGGGAGCGCUCGACGGAGCGGGAGGAGGAAGAGGAGGUGGAGUCAGGGAUUGGAGGCUCCGCCCCUGCCAGUCGGCUGACGAGGGAGCUUCUGAUGGAGACGGCGCCCCUCAGAUCGUCGGGGAGGAAACUGCAUCAUGACGUCAGGGAGUUUAGACAUGUGCCAUGGAAGGAGCCUGUGAAUCCGUACUAUGUGAACACGGGCUACGCCAGAGCUCCUGCCACCAGCGCCAACGACUCGGAACAGCAGAGCAUGUCCAGCGAUGCGGACACCAUGUCUCUCACCGACAGCAGCGUUGAUGGCAUCCCCCCGUACCGCUACCGUAAGCACCACCGCAAGGAGAUGCAGGAGAGUGCCAAAGUCAACGGCCGCGUGCCCCUACCUCAUAUCCCACGUACGCACCGGCUGCCUAAGGACGUGCACGUGGAGCCCGAGCGCUUUGCAGCGGAGCUGAUCGUACGGCUGGAGUCGGUGCAGCGGGAACGAGAGGCCCAGGAGAGGCUGGAGGAGAGACUGCGCCGCGUACGCCUGGAGGAGGAAGGUGACGACGCUGACGUUUCCGUGGUUACCUCUGUCCCCCCGUACGGCGGCGGCGUUGGCAACAGCGGCGUGGUCGCCAUGGGUGCGCCAGGGGGCGCGUCUGAGGACGACCCCGAGCGAAUCCUGGACGAGCACGUGUCGCGCGUCAUGAAGACGCCGGGCUGCCACUCCCCCAGGUCGCCUCCCUCCCACCCCCAUCUCCACCCCCACCCCCACCACCACCAUCACCACCCGCCACUCUCCGCCUACCACACGCACCCCGCGCACACCACCGCCACGCACAAGCACCCCUACCACACGCACCCGCACACACACACGCACGCCGCGCACCUGGGCGUGCCGGGGGAGCACGCAGACGCCGGAGGGUGGAAUGGAGAGGCCGCGCUACAUCACCACUACGCCAGCAGCCGGGGUCGCAGCUAUGGUGACGGGGUCGGGGCCGCGCACCAAGAGCUCAUGGGAUACGGGAGCAAAGGCAGUACACUAUCCCGCCGGGGGCUGAAGCCCAAAGGGGAGGCGGCUAAAGGGGACGAUGGGAGAGGCCCCGACGGCCGAGGGGUGGAGUCUGGCGUGCCAGCAGAGGAGCUUGAUCACAAGCAGAAGAUCCUGCAGUGGAUGAUGGAAGGGGACCGGGAGAGCAGCCGGCACAAGAAGAGCUCUUACAGUGGCUCCGGCAGCUUCAAACGCUCCCAGGCCCUGGAUCCCUCCUCCUCCUCCUCCUCCUCGCGGCCCAGCGCGGGCUCCCUGGAUCGGGCAGGUGGCCUGGGCAUGGUGCCCAUGGGCAUGCUGGGUGGUGGAGGCACCGGAGCUCCCAUGUCCCACGGCUGGGCAUCAGGAGGAGGAGGAGGUGGUGGUGUCAGUGGAGGAGCCGGAGGAGGAGUACAGCCCUCGCAUCUCUUCAUCCAGGAUCCCACCAUGCCCCCCAACCCGGCGCCCAACCCCCUCACCCAGCUGGAGGAGGCGCGCCGCAGGCUGGAGGAGGAGAGGCGCAGGACCGCCGCCCUGCAGGCCAAGCAGAGGCAUAAGACAGCUAAGCGAGCUCCGUGUGACAACGUGACGGUGGCCUACUACUUCUGUGGAGAGCCCAUCCCCUACCGCACCUCAGUCAAGGGCCGCGUGGUCACCCUGGGCCAGUUCAAGGAGCUGCUCACUAAGAAGGGAUCUUACAGGUUCUACUUCAAGAAGGUGAGCGACGAGUUUGACUGCGGCGUGGUCUACGAGGAGGUGCGGGAGGACGACGCCAUCCUGCCCAUCUUCGAGGAGCGCAUCAUCGGCAAGGUGGAGAAGAUGGACUGAUGAAUGGAGAGAAAGAAGAGAAGGAAAUGAGGGGAUGACAGAUGGGCAGAGAGAGGGCUGCGUCAUUACACAAGAAAAGAUCCACCGAGGGAAACGAAAGACGGAGAAGAUCGACCAUCUUCGAGGGCCGUAUGAUUUGCGAGGUGGAGAAGAUUGAAUGAUGGAUGGUGAAAGAGGAGAAGAGAAGAGAAUGAAAGAGGGGAUGACGGAUUGGCAGAGAGGGCUGCGUCUUUGCAAGAAAAGAUCCACCGAGGGAAAAGAAAGACGGAGAAGAUCGACCAUCUUCAAGUAGCGCGCCAUCGGCGAGGCGGAGAAGACGGAAUGAGACGAGAGGAGAAGUAAGGCGGAGAGAAAGGAAGGAGGGAAAGAAUAUACGGACUGAGAAAAAGACUGUCCUGCCCCCCAUACACACACACUGACCGCCUGUGGUGCAAGGGUGUCUCCUCGCACCAUAGAGUGUGCGUGCGUGCGUCUAUCAAAUGCUGGCCAGUCAGUCAGAAGCCUUAUGCAUAGAGAGAGCCACAGACUUGUGAUUCAGUUGAAUGUCAGUAAAAAAAAAUCUGAAUGUCUGAACUAUCGAUAGAAGAGGCUUUCUGUGGAUAGGAGCGCAUAGACCUUUCAAGUGAUUCGCUGCGGUCAUCUACACACACACACUCACACACUCACACACACACACACACAC